UCACCCAAAAACCUUAUAUAUUAGGUACUCUUAUUGAGUGUAUGACAGGUACCUAGUAAUUACGACUUCACAGAAAAUCUGUCUGUGUACUAUCUACAAAGUGUAUAAAAUUCUACGUUCUUCAACCCCCCCAUCACGAUGUGGCAAGGUGGGCAGGACACACAGGAUGGGCAAAUUCCGAAGAGCAAAGAUGCCGAAAAGACAGUCGGACAAAGUGACUCUGUGGAGUCGAAAAGCCAUGCACCACUAAAGAGGUUUCGAGAGACUUUGGCGAAACUAAUAUCGGACGGACCCAUCGAAGACCGAGGAGUUAUGCCAGUAGCGUUGGAAGACCGGACAGCCACCAAUUAUAGCAGCUAUUUUUCGAUAUGGGCAUGUAUGAAUAUUAACCUCUUACCUAUCACGUUCGGUAUGCUGGGACCGACUUACGGGUUAGGUUUAAGAGACUGUUCUCUGGUUAUCAUUUUCUUCUGCCUUCUAACUGCUGCUAUACCGGCUUACCUUGGAACCCUCGGCCCCAAGACUGGAUUGCGCCAGAUGAUCCAGGCUCGCUUCUCAUUUGGGAGGUACUUCGUUUCUGUACCCGUUAUCUUGAACUUGGCUACGCUCACCGGCUUCUGCGUCGUCACUUGCGUCAUUGGGGGUCAAUGCUUAUCCGCCGUAGCCGGAGGUUCUCUUACUCCUGCCGUAGGCAUCGUUAUCAUGGGUGUUAUGGCCCUGCUCAUCUCUUUCUGCGGAUACGAUAUCCUGCAUCAGUAUGAGCGCUUCGCCUGGAUUCCGGCUUUGGUAGCUAUCAUCAUUGCUACGGGUUGCGGGGGGCAGGGUCUCCGCGAGCAAGCCCCGGCAGAGCCUGCGACUCCUGGUGGUGUCCUUAGCUUCGGGAUGAUCAUAGCAUCGUAUAUGAUACCCUAUGCUUGUCUUUCCUCGGAUUUCACAACAUAUUUAAACCCCAAGUUCUCUUCCGUGAGGCUCUUCUUAUAUGGGUAUGCGGGUCUCGUAUUCCCGGCGGUGUUACUGAUGAUAUUAGGGGCAUCUAUCGGAGGCGCUGUACCUAGUAUUCCUGAAUGGGGAGAAGCUUACGAGUCGACGCAGGUUGGCGGCGUCUUAGCAGCAAUGUUGUCGCGAGCAGGCGGUUUCGGGAAAUUCGUCGUGGUCGUGCUUUCUCUUACCUUACUUGGGAAUAUCGCGGCGACGAUGUACUCGAUCACCCUCAACUUUCAAAUCUUAAUCCCGCAACUUGUCGUGGUACCGCGGUAUAUGUUCUCGAUCGUAGUCACAGCCAUCGUCAUACCGGUGAGUAUCAAAGCAGCCGUGGAAUUUUUCGCCAGCCUUGAGAAUUUCGUCGCCUUGAUUGGAUAUUGGUCUGCCGCAUUUGUGGCAGUGGUGAUGGUAGAGCAUAGCGUCUUCAGGGGUGCUAAGUACCACACGUAUGAUCACGAUAGUUGGAACGUGGCAUCCCGCCUCCCCUGGGGCGCCGCGGCUCUGACGGCGAGUGCCUUGAGCUUUGCGCUGGUGAUCCCCAGCAUGUCGCAAGUGUGGUUCGAGGGCCCAAUUGCGAAAAAGUCUGGCGACAUUGGGUUCGAGAUGGCGUUUGUCGUGACAGCGGUCCUCUACCUACCUCUCCGAUAUCUCGAGAAAAAGCUGAGCGGACGAUAGAAAUGGAUUUUGGUUGAAUAGCUCAUAGAUGGAUACCCGUUAUUCAUACUAGAUAGACAUAACAAUAUACCCAAAGAAUAGGACUGUUUCAUGGACGGGACUCCUUUUAUCUCCCAACAUCAAAGCUUUUCAAUGCUGAGACGGUACUGUAUUUUUCCCCAUAUGGUUUAGGUACAUUUCCAUUAGACAUUUUACUACCGAGUUCACUUCUAGACUUAUACAGUAUCCUUCUUGAGCUAGUUUCUGCUGAUCUCCGUAGAAGGAUUUCGUUAGCG